UGGCAUUCUCAUGACAUCGUUCUCAGUUGGCCAGCCGCGCUCAGCCCCACCCGUGCUUGCCUAACCGUAAGCACCGCCCCAAGAUCGACGGUGAUACCGCCUAGCGUCACGUAAGGCUUCCCAGAUGGACAGGAUUAAAUGCCAGUGCCUACACCAGACUCAUACCUAUUGCUCUUACUAUCUGACUCUCAACGCCGGAACAUCACUCUAUCCUACACUACCUACCAUCUGCGUAGCUAUCCCUAACCUUUGACGAUAGACAACAGCAGCAGCAGCAACCCCAACAUCAACAUCACCAGCCUUCCAACCAACCAACACUACCAACCAUGGCCCUCGCACCAGCCCCUCAGCCCAUUGGCGUAUUCCCGCAAUUCUUCGCCGCAGGCCCAGAGACGCUCGUGCUGAAAGAAAAGGUCAUGUCCCUCAGCGGCGACAGCUUCAGCAUCAAGCUCGCAAACGGCACGCCCGUGCUCAAAGUCGAAGGCAAAGUCAUGAGCCUGACUGGCCGCAAGAAGAUGUUUGAUAUGCAGGGUAACCAUCUGUGCAGCAUUGUCAAAGAGCAUUUUCACAUCCAUUCUACAUAUGUGGUUGAGAGUGCCAAUGGCGAGAAGAUUAUGGAGGUGAAGAGCAGUUUCAAGUUAUUUGGAAGCAAAGCAACAGCAACAUUCACAUCGCAAAACGGCAAGCAAGAAAGCCUCACCAUGAAAGGUGACUUUUUCGAUACUCAAGCUGAUAUCCUGGACGAGGCGCAAGGAGGCCUGGUCGUCGCCCGCAUCGACCGCAAGCUCCUCAGCGGCAAAGACAUAUUCUUCGGGCAGCAAACCUACGGCGUCCAAAUCGCGCCUGGGGUCGACAUGGCGCUCAUCGCCGCACUGUGCAUCUGUCUCGAUGAGAAGAACAACGAGGGGUCAUAGGGGAACUCGUCGCGGAGCAAGAGGAAGAAUGUGCCGGUUUUGCUUUCUGUGGCGAACAGGGCGACCAAAGGGAGGAGUAGUACGUGGAUGAAUCAGGCGACUAAGGGGAAGAGUGGGACUUGGUUUGAGAGGGUGGAG